AUGUCGUCUCCAACUGAGGUAAACAACGCCUCCAAACGUCUUCCUCUCCGCCAAGUCGGCCAAAGCACUGCCCAGCUCGUGCCCAAAGACACGGCAAAACUCAAGAUUCCUGAGCUUCCCGAACGCACAUCGUCGGCGCUGACCCUCAGCAAUUUGCAUCAGCUGCAACAGGCUCGGAGUAGAUGCGUCAGUGCAUCAUCUCAGAUGUCGGCCAAGACCACAGACUCCCUGGAAUCGAACGCCUCGGAUUUCCUGGAAGCCAAGAUUGAGCAGUUGACAGAGUUCGAGAAGUAUUACGAACUCGUCAAGCGUGGAAUCCUCGAAGGGCACGAGCAGCAGCUGCUUUCGAACGAAGAGCUCCAGUCGCACAUGGCUCCAGUUGUGACAAAGCUCGCAGUGACAACCUCAACGCUGAAAUUCUUGAAGCGGCAGAAAAGGCAUUUGGCGGACGACCUUGAGAAGGACACUGCUAGUAUACGCCAGAAGAUCGACGGAGAGCCGGAUGGCCUACUCGAGCGGGCCUACGUCCAGGCAAUACUCGACCGCGUGAUGAGAGCUACCGUCAGACAGGCCGCGACCUCCUUCAAUGCGAAACGGUUCAAGGAGAAGGUCAAUCAACUAUACGGCAUUACCGACCAGCGCCCGAGCAAGGACCUCAACUGGUGCCAUGUGCUCGGAGUCUGGAGAGACGCUGAUGGAAUCAAGGCUGCACAUAUCGUGCCCAAAAGCCUACGUGCCGGGGAUCUUGACCACAUUUUUGGUCAAAUGGACGACGACAUCAGCUCCGACCCUCAAAAUGGUCAGUUCUAUCUUUUUUCCCAGCGGCGACAACAUCAUAUUCACAUCUUGUUUGUUCCUCUAGCCGUAAACCUCCACAGUGUCAUUGAGCGUCACCUUGACCAAGGUACCCUCGUCAUUGUUCCCGCGCCUGGAGAUUUCACAGUGCCGACGACAUGGCGAUGCUUGGUUCUGGACCGAUCCAAGGACAAGGACAUUAUUUGCGAUCGCAGUUCAAACAUGAAGGGUCUGGAGGGAACUCCUGGCCGUGGUGACGCUUUCGUCAGAGUAAAGGUCAGUCUAGACAAUAGUCAAUCAGCCGUCCUUGCCCACUCUAGCAAGGCUUUUUUUAAUCAUACUCCUCAGGACCUACACAAUCGCCCUCUGACGUUCUUGAACAACAACCGACCCCGACGCCGAUAUCUCUAUUUCCGCUUCAUCAUGUCCUACCUGAACGCGAAGAGGCAGAAUGUGGUCAACUUGUCGGUUCCCUUGGAGACGAAGCAAUUCUGGCCUUCGCCCGGCGGCUACCUUCAUGAAUCCACAUUGAAGAUCAUGGCAAGGUCUGUGUCAGGAUGCGAGUUGCCGCCUCCGCUCAUCUCUGGACAGACAUUCAAGGAGAGCGACGAUCCUUCUCAGGACGAUGAUGCCGGCAAUACGCUCGCCGCGGCUAUCAUCGAGCCCGCACUCUUCUCCACGUCGGCAUUGGGGAAGCCAAGCUUGAAGAUGAGGAAAUUGCUACUCGAGACUUUGCACUCCCCUGUCCAUGGGACGGCCCCAGAAGAAAACGCGGAAGACGAUGGGGUGUAA